AUGGCAAACCACCGCGAAAAGGUCACAAGAUUCGAGAAGAAUAUGGACAAUAGCCUUUCACCCUGUCUACGACUUCUUUUCUUUCUUCUAGGCUCAUCAAUAUGCACCCUUUUCACUCUUCUGGUUCCCUUCUCUCCAUUUUACGGAACUGAUCACGGGAAUCACGGUCACUCUGAUACCAACCUCGGGCUCAUCACCGGCCUGCUCAAGGACAAAUUCCCUUGCGGCAGAGAUACUCCCACUGCAUUGUCACGUGGGUGCAAGUUUGAGUCAUACACGGCGACAUGGCAACCUCCGCAAUGUUUUGACUCGGCUCUAGAUGCCGAGUUCCGCCAGACUCGCCCAUGGAAGUUCUUUACGUCUCGGAAUUCAACCACCGAAUUAUCCUGGUCUGACGUGGAGAAGAUCAAACCAGGACAGGCGUGGACGACAUGGGAGUUCCAUCUCUACUCUUGCGCGUUUCUGUGGAAGAAAGAGGUCAAGAUCGCGCACGGAUUGGUCUCUGGUACCAUCGACUACCACCAGUGCCUAGACCAUGCGUUGAUGCACGACUAUGCGAGGCCCAAAGACCAUGUUAGUAUCCCUUACUGGCCUCGCUUUACUUCUUGUCGACCGCCUAGCGACAUAUCCGUUCACCAAUUCGAUUUGAAGCCUGGUGUGGAAAAGGGGCUUGGUAGUGAUGGACAGCUGGCUGAAGUGCAUGGCCAUUCUCAUAUUCACGGGGCGAAUAAGGAAUAUGAUCACAAGCCAAGGGAAUAG